GAUCGCGACCGUCCCUGGAGGUGUUGUGGGCCACAGUGGAUGCCCCUGAGCAGCCUGGCCUGCUGUGGAAGGUGUCCCUACACAUGGCAGAGCUUUCAAAAGUUUUGGAUCUGCCACCAGAGAAUUUAAUAAAGUCCAUAUCUGCAGUUCCUGUCUCCAAAAAACGGAAUGUUGCUGAUUUCCAGCUCUCCCUUGCUUCUGUAAAAGAAAACAGUUCUAGUGAUUGCUUAGCACAAGACCUGCAUCUUCAAGCUCAGCAGCUUGCUGAAAGGCUAAAAUGUGAUUCAGUAGUGAGUGCAAUCAGCGCUGGUCCAGGAACAGUGAAUUUUACAAUAAACAGGGAAUUAUUAGCAAAGACUGUGCUGCAGCAGGUGUGGAAAGAUGGCUCAGAGUAUGGAGUAAAAAGUGAACUUUUCUCUACAGUUCCCAGACAAAAGGCAGUGAUUGAGUUCAGCUCCCCUAAUAUUGCCAAAAAGUUUCACAUAGGACAUCUGCGUUCCACCAUAGUAGGGAAUUUUAUAGCAAAUCUCAAAGUUGCACUGGGACAUGAAGUAGUAAGGAUAAAUUACCUUGGUGACUGGGGCAUGCAGUUUGGCUUAUUGGGUGUUGGUUUCCAAUCCUUUGGCAACAAAGAAAAACUAAAAUCUAGUCCUUUGCAACACCUUUUUGAGGUGUAUGUGCAGAUUAACAAGGCAGCAGAAGAUGAAAACACAAAAAAGCUGGCUAAGGAUUUCUUCAGAAAACUGGAGGAGCAUGAUGAGCAGACAUUGUCAAUUUGGAAACAAUUUAGAGACCUCAGUAUUGAGGAAUACAUCCGGAUUUAUAAGCGCCUAGGAGUGCACUUUGAUGAAUAUUCUGGAGAGUCACUUUACCAAGAGAAGGCCCAGGAAGUUCUGAAGGUGUUGGAAGAUAAAGGACUCCUUCAGAAAACAAUAAAAGGGACAGGAAUUGUGGAUCUCUCGGAGAAAAAAGACCUCUCAACAGUUUCCACCGUCAUGCGCAGUGAUGGGACAUCUCUUUAUAUAACAAGAGAUCUUGCAGCUGCUAUAGACAGAAUGAAUAAGCACAGCUGGGAUACCAUGAUUUAUGUGACAGAUAAAAGCCAAAGUAAUCACUUUCAACAUUUAUUCCAAAUAUUGAAGCUCAUGGGUUAUGACUGGGCAGAAAGGUGCCAGCAUGUGUCUUUUGGUCUAGUUCAAGGCAUGAAGACUCGGAGAGGAGAAGUAAUUUUUCUGGAAGAUGUUUUAAAUGAAGUUCGCUCAAGGAUGUUACAAAACAUGAGUUCCACAAAAACAACCAAAGAGGUCCAAGAUCCUGUGGAAACAGCAGAGAAGGUUGGUCUUGCAGCACUCAUAAUUCAGGAUUUCCGGGGCCUUCUGUCAUCUGAUUACCAGUUUAGCUGGGACCGAGCUCUCCAAAGUCGGGGAGAUACAGGUGUGUUCUUGCAGUACACCCAUGCCAGACUCCAUAGUUUAGAACAAAUGCAUGGGAAUGCAGAGCUAACUGAUGUGAAUGUGGCAUGCUUGCAAGAGCCAGAUGCCAUCUCUGUUCUUCAGCAUCUUCUCAGGUAUGAUGAGGUCCUGUAUAGAUCUUCUCAGGAUCUGCAACCCAAGCACAUUGUCACCUACCUUCUCACACUGAGCCAUCUGGCAGCCGUGGCACACAAAACCCUCCCCGUGAAAGGCAGCGCCCCCGACGUGGCACAGGUGCGGCACGGCGGGGCUGGAGGGCAGCACGAUCCAGCAGGGCUUUGCCAGCCCAGCUGUGUCACCACUGGGGGGAAUACGAGCCUGCAGGCAGAGGAGCCAACAGCCAGGCUCUCCCAGGGCAGUAAAGGGCUGCUCCAGCUUCAUCCUCCAAAAACACAACACUCCCUAAGGACAGCUGCUCCAGACCCAGUCAAACACCUUUUCGUCACCUUUCCUUCUAAAUGUUUUAAGAGUAAACAUCUGAGCAUUUAACUUGCUAGUUGACUUUUGAUGGUUUCCUUUAGUGGUUAUGUGGGAAGAUAAAGAAUUAGGAGAGAACUGAAUCUGUCUCCUCCCUCUUGCCACCUACAUAUCCCAAGUUGUCGGUAUUUCCUUUCUAGCUAAAGCACAGAGGCUGGCAACUGUUAAUGUGCCAUUCCAAAUAAAUGCAAAUUCUUUUUGCUGAUCUCCCAGGCAAUGUUUGACCCCCUAACGACUGGGUAAAUGAUAUAUUAAUUACGUUGUCUCUCUUAUUUUCUUUCAUCUAUUUCAAAAGGAAUUACCUAUUUGAUUUUGGUAGGAAAUCACAUUUAAGUGUUGAGCUGUGCUGUGGGGGAAAAACAUUCAGUGGAAUUGGUGGAGCUGCAGUCUGUAUUUGAGCUUAGAUACUGUAGGCAUUCAUGCCUUUGACUGCAUCAAACUUCAGGGAAAACUUCAGUUCCUAAUCCUGUAAAUAAAAAUAUUUUUAAGUAUCUUGUAAUGUGACAGCUUCCAAGAGCUCUGAUUUUUGGAGCAAGCUUGACAGAGCCCUUCCCAAACAGCCAGCUGUGUAACAGCCAGGACACUGACGAGGGAGAGUGAAAUUUUCAAAGCAGCCCAUAGCUGCUUGACAGCCUGUCACCCAGGCAUAGCGAGGGGAGGGAUUCCAGCGGUAUCCUCAGGCUGUACUAGCCCCUGGUGCAUGAAAGAUUUUCAGUUUUUAGUCAUUGCAUUCCUGUUCAUGCAUCUCUGCUUGCUCUGCCCCGAGGGCUGGGCUGGGCAUUCCUUUCCACCUUCCUUUGUUUGAGAAAGUGUCCCUCUGCUGACAGUGCAGUGGGCUGCCAACAGCUGGUGUGAAUUCUGGCAGCAUUGGUAUGUUCUUUAAUAUUCAGGUUUUGUGUAGAUUCGAGUCCCAGUGGGGGCCGGGACUGCACAAGGACAGGCUGCACAUGGUGUUCUCACCUCGGCAUCUAACUCCUGUCCCAAGAACCACACCCUGUUCUGUAGCACUACCCUAAAAUGACUUUUUUUUUUUCCUUGUU